CUGAUCGAGAAGGUUGGCCUGAUCGAGAAGGUGGGGCUGAUCGUGAAGGUGGGGCUGAUCGUGAAGGUGGGGCUGAUCGUGAAGGUGGAGCGCUGCGAUGGGCAAGGGAAAUGCCACUGCAGGACCUUAUUGAUGAAAUCUGUACAACAGGUGAAGAAAUCACCACAAGUCAGCUGACUCGUAUACAGCAAUAUCUCAUUGGGGAACAUGGCUUUUCUGCAGAUGAAAUCAACAAAUUCAAGGAGCCAUUACUUUUCUUCGGACAUCUCCGUGAUAAGAAGUUCAUCUCCUUCGCAAACCUGGCCUUUUUUCAAGCUGUCCUCACACGAAUUGAAAGACAGGAUCUCUGUGACAUUGUUUCAGAUUUUGCCCGGGACCAUUCAUUCGACGCGCUGUAUCUUGAAGUUUCCAAAAUUGAUAAAGGAAGCAAUGCCAGGGUCAAUUUACAUGUACGGAAGACUCUCACUAAGAGAAACGAAGUUGACACGAUUGUAAAGAGCUUGGCCAGUUGUCUGAACAUUCCCGCCGAGUCUAUCCGGGUGAUGGGGGCCGAGGCAACAAACAGUUACCGCUUGACUCUGUACAUCCCCGCCAGGUACAGAGAUCGCCUUGUGGACAAGAACAUGCUCAACCAUCUGAUGAAGGUCGACAUUGACGAGGUGGAAGUGGAUGGGGAGACUAUCAAGCUUACCUCAGAAGAUAGGAAUUAGGACAAACACACUACAUUUGCUUGAUUGUAAAGACACAUACGAGUUUUAUUGUAUAUGAGUGGUAAAAUGCCUUGUCGUUAUUGUCGAGCGAAGAGGUAAUGAAUUACUGCAUUAAGCCGCAUCAAGUUUGCAGCUUUACUCGGCGAGACGCAUUAACAAUAGCGAAGAAGCUAACUAAAAAUGGUGUAAAUAUGUAUCUACUUAAUUAUUUCACAAGGAAGUUUGUAUUUCUUCAUGUCUUCUAUUCAGUUUUCGGUCACAUUUCCAUAUCAAUUUCUACAUAAUGUCAGUUGGAACGUAUGAAUGUGUUACAGGCCACGUUAACAUGGGGAAACAGUUUAGCUUCCGGUGUGUGAACUAGCGGCGAGAUGCAGUAGGCACUGGUCUAACAAACGUUUGUUAUAUUUAAUAUUGUGGUGUGUAAAAUGUAAGACACAACGCUUACCAUUAUUUGAAACGACGGUCCAACGUGCUACGUUGUCAUUUUAAAAAUAUUAAACAUUAAAUGUGUAAUCAUUUCAUGGUAUAAAACUGUGUGUACACAUAGCAAUAUACACAUGCACACCACACUCCUCUUGCUCUCCGGGAGCUCAGUAGGGAGUGGCCUGUUUCAUGUCGUUCAUGCAUGUCCUUUUUUCUGUUGGAUGAUAAAUAACAAUAUGUUCACCAGCUAAAGAGAAGCGAAUGGCUGGUUUCUGGAAUGAUUUAUUACCUUGGAGGUGAAUCAGUUUUCUUGGUUUUGCCUCCAUUGACAUCACCCUGAUCUCCACGGGUUGUUGUGUGUAUUGAUAUGAGUCUUUGUGCCCACAGUAGUUUGUUUCUUCAUAUCUGUCACUUCAAUGUGAACGUAUUUGUAUCACUGUAGCCUUAAAGUAGAAAAUACUUUCUUCCGAGAUCUGCUGCCUGUGUACAGUGUACAGAUGUUUGAAGGGCAUUUAGAAGUUGGUGGGGUAAUACAGCACAUUUGAUAUAGAUGUGCAACUUCAUAAUCGUGUGUAAAUAAUAAAGAAGUUGCACAUCUAUAUCAAAUGUGUUGCGCAGUGUAGAGAAAUACUCACAUUUCACUUCCUACCGUCGUCACAGUUGCUACAUUUAAAGCCAUGUUUAUUGUUUUAUCAACGUGUAACGGGUCAGGCGAUUUUUAGUUCAGAUUAUAUUCUUUGAAGUCUAUAUUUAUAAACAUAUUUGAGCUGUUUAUACAUGUAUUUAUAUUUCUGAAAGUUAAAUAUCUAAGGACGUCUUCGUUCAAAUGUCCUCAUCUCUUUAUAAAAUUCUUAUUACACAAACACAUUGGUGAUCAAUGUAGCACGUUACCAAUAUCACCUUCCAGCUUCUAUUGUUUGCAGAUAAUAUAUAUGAACUGUUUCUUAUGAUUUAAAUUUUGGUCCAAAGAACUCAGAUCAAACUUUAAUCAAGUUACUUAAAUUCCAUCGCAAAACAAAUUUAAAUAACAACGAUAACAUCAAGUAAGUUUAAAAUGUGUUCUUUUAUAAUGACACAGCAGUUAUAUUGACAUAGCAGGAGAUAUCAAAUUAACGAUGAAAGGAGUUUACAAUAAUUACUUUGCAACUGCAUAAUAAUUGUAACAAUCAAGUAAUAACUGCGUUGGCGUGCUAUGAAAAUAGCAAUGCAAAUGUACAUAUAUCGUAUGUUGAACCAAUCAUUAAAACUAUUAUAAUAUUUUGAUGUUCCAAUAUCGGACAGAAAUAAAUGAACUUAUAAUCAGUAAAACAA